AUGUUUUGGAAUUACUCAAGAUCCAAAUACCAAAGAUUAUAUGAUGGUUUUGUAUUUUGUAAAGAUGGGAAUUUAAGAAACAAUCUAAUGAAUGACUUGGAUUAUGAAUCUAAAGUUAAUCAAUUAUUUUUUAUUAUAGAUGGACUUUUAGCUAUUCAUAAUGCCGAAAAAGUUCAUAAAGAUUUUCAUUCAGGAAAUGUAUUAGUUGAUAAUAAUGUACCACUUAUUAGUGAUUUAGGAUUGUGUCAACCAGUAAAUGAUAAUGAGCGAAAAGGAGUUUAUGGAGUAAUACCUUAUAUAGCACCGGAAGUUUUACGUGGAUAUCAAUAUACAAAAGCAGCAGAUAUUUACUCAUUUAGGAUAAUAAUGAAUGAAAUUAUGUCGGAAGAAAUUACUUAUAAUGAUAUUCCUCAUGAUUUUAGUUAUUAA